GCGGAUCAAAUCAAAAUGGCGGAUCAAUGGUGUUAGGAUAUAAACGGGAGACGGUGCAAGGCUGUAACGAAUGCUGCAGCUCAAACAAUUGCAAUAAAUAUCUAUGCGGAAAGGCAUCAUUAACUGGGGCAUGUUUAGAUGAUAUAAAAGUCGACUGCUCCUUCAUGAAUACCGUCAGCAAUAUUUGUCAGAAUACAGACCUUGCCAGACGGGUGUGCCGGAACUUCUGUGGUCUUUGUAAUACGGAAUGGUCAAAUUGGUCGAACUGUGACGUCACGUGUGGUACAGGAACGCAAAGUCGAUCCCGUGGUUGUACUAGUCCAGACAGUUGUACCGGAAGUCACGUAGAAACGAGAACAUGCAGUAAACAAUGUACAGGUCAUUGGACACCCUGGAUGCCAUGGUCUUCCUGUGACGUCACAUGCGGAACCGGAACACAAAUCGAAACAGGAUAUGUCUUACCCCACCAUCAAAGCGUGAACUAACUUAUCCGGGGAACAAAACGGAAACAAAACGAUGUCAGGAAAAGAAUU